AUUUCUUGAUUACCUAGCUUACUCAAAAGCACUGGUCGGCUGCCACACACGGAGAAGAUCAGAGAAGGGAAAGUACAGUACAGCACGUGCAUGGCAGGGAAUUUCCGAAGAAGAAAUUUCUAAAGUCCCUCCCAAAACUACAUAUGAGUAGGCUAAGGUUGUAGGGUUAAACCGAAGCCUUCGUUAAUAAAGUCUCUGGUUAAACUGUGGUUAAAUGCAGGGAUUCUUCUGACGCCCAUAAAUGGAUCUAACAUUAAACGCACCCAGUGGCUUCGUUCCCCCUGAGAAGCAAUUAAGAGGCCAGUUGUUCACUCUCAGUCAGUCAUUGGCACCCUGCCUGGUUGAAAAGAUGACAACUUAUCUGUUCCACACACGGACCAUUACAAAUCAUGAAGUUGGAGUUAUUACGUCUCAACCAACACCGACGCAAAAAGCUUCCCAACUAAUUCAGAUCGUCUUACGGAAAGGUCGGCAUGCAUGCUUGCAGUUCUACCAGUGCCUGGCACAUUGUAAUCCGGAUCUGUCUGAGAAACUAACAGGCUUUACUGUAGCCACACCAUCAAAAACUAUUGACAAACAGCCAUCCAGGAACUACCUAUCUACAGUGAAGUCCGAAGAUUACACAGAACAGUCCACUUCUCAAUGUUGCUCCUCUCCAGAGAGGAAGUUUACUCCUCACGCACCAGCCUACAUCAUUAACAUUCACAACUCAAACUUAACUCACUGUGUCUUUGGGAACCAGAGUAGCCAAAUAAUUUCCACUGAACAGGAGCAUCUCGUGGCUGAAAGACAAGACUAUAGCUUACAAGAUACUGUAAGAAGCAUUCCGAUAAGUGGCCAGCAGGGAGCAGCAGAGAUCUCUGGCGAACCUCACCAUAUCCAGGUCCAACAUGCGCAUAUGGAGUAUGUCAUCAUUGGCAAUGAGAACUCAAUGGUGGUCACCGCAACACAAGCUGAAGAAGAUGGAGAAGAGGAUGACAGUGAGGAAUACCUCGAAAGUUCUGAUGGUUGAUUACAAUAUUCCAACCAGAUCUACUGGAUUGUGAUUGGACACUCUUUUGGUUUGAUGUUGGUUUCAAUGGAAUACUGCACACUUUACAGUAACGGACUGCUGCUGCAGUCAUAUUCUGUAUAUAUUAAGAGUUCAGAGAAUUCUAGACACUUGUUGUAUCCACUAUUGUGGAAAUACAUUUCUUACCAUAGUGGACGUUUCUGUUUCUUCAUAGUAUUCGAUGAGAGGAAUUGACAUUCAUCUUGCUCAGAUCUUGCCUCACAGCUUCUG